AUGUAUGCAAUUGCGCCCCCCUCUACGCCCCAGGAUACAGAGGCUGAGACAGCCGUCGAAGACACCGCCGAACCGGUGCUGCAACUCGCCCGAACAUUCUCUCUGACUCGUACAUUCUCUGCGCUCUCAACCAACAUCAACCCAUUCCUCGCCCAAGACUCCCACCUUGACCCGAAAUCCCCAGACUUCGAGCCUGAAUCAUGGGUCAAGGCCUUGCUUCAUACUUUCUCCAAAGACCCAAGCAAGCAUCCGCGGUAUACAGCUGGUGUAUCCUGGCGAAAUCUCAGUGUGCAUGGGUUCAGCGAUCCAACCGAGUUCCAGAAAGAUGUGUUUAAUGUUAUCUGGAGAAGUCCCCUUUCUGCGUUGAAUUGGUUUGCGAAGAGGAAGCAGAAGGUCAAGAUUAUCUCUGAUUUUGAUGGCUUGGUCAAGAGCGGAGAGUUGCUUCUUGUGCUAGGUCGUCCGGGGAGUGGUGUUUCUACACUUCUCAAAACGAUCGCUGGGCAUACUCACGGCUUACACCUCGACGACUCAUCCGAGUUCAACUACCAAGGCAUCCCCUGGGAUCUAAUGCAUCGCAACUUCCGUGGAGAAGUAAUCUAUCAAGCCGAAACAGACAUUCAUUUCCCCCAACUAACCGUCGGUGACACCCUGCUCUUCGCCGCCCUCGCCCGCACGCCCCAACACAUCAUCGCCAACAUAUCCCGUCACGUCUACGCCGAACACAUGAGAGACGCCGUAAUGGCCAUGUUUGGUAUCUCCAACACGCUCAACACCAAGGUUGGCGAUGACUUUGUCAGAGGCGUUAGUGGCGGUGAGAGAAAGCGGGAGUUUGACAAGGUCCUCCUCCUCUACGAAGGCCGCCAGAUCUUCUUCGGCCCAACAAGCGAAGCGACACAAUACUUUACCGCCAUGGGUUUCGAAUGUCCUCCCCGCCAAACGACUGCCGACUUCCUGACAUCCCUCACAAACCCCGACGAACGCAUCGUGAGACCUGGUUUUGAGAAUAAGGUCCCCCGCAGUCCCGAUGAAUUCGCCGAUGAGUGGAGAAUGAGCCAACACAGGUCAUCACUUCUCAGUGAUAUCGCUGCGUUUGAGAUCCAGUAUCCUCUCGACGGGAAACAAGUUGAGACGCUGAAGGGUAUCAGAAGAGCUCAGAAGGCUAAGUUCACAUCUGACAAGAGCCCUUUUACAAUCUCGAUCCCAAUGCAGAUCCAUUUAUGUAUUGGUCGAGGUGUUAAGAGACUUCUCGGUGACAAGACCUUUUUCGUUGUUACUAUUGCAGUCAACUUUGUCAUGUCACUUGUUCUUGGUAGUGUUUAUUUCGACUUACCCAGCACUGCUGACGCUAUGAACCGACGAGCCUCGGUGAUUUUCUUCGCUAUUCUGUUCAACGGCCUUAGCAGUGCUCUGGAAAUCCUGGCUCUCUAUGUCCAGCGACCGAUUGUCGAAAAACAUGCAAGAUAUGCCCUAUAUCGACCUCUUUCCGAGUCUGUCUCUUCCAUCAUCUGCGAUUUACCGUCCAAGAUAAUCUCAACUCUCGCUUUCAACAUUCCGCUCUACUUUAUGGUGCACCUCCGUCGCGAUGCCUCGGCUUUCUUUAUUUUUCUCCUCUUCGGUUUUACCACUACGAUGACUAUGUCAAUGAUCCUUCGCACCAUCGCCCAGUCCUCCAAGACGGUCCAUCAAGCCCUCGUCCCCGCUGCCAUCUUCAUAAUAGGCUUGGUCAUCUAUGCUGGAUUCGUCUUACCUAUUCGCAGUAUGAAGGGCUGGCUCAGGUGGAUCAACUAUGUCAACCCGAUCGCUUACGCUUACGAAUCUUUGGUCGCCAACGAGUUCUCCGGUAGGUCUUUUGGAUGUCAGACAAUGAUACCGUCUGGUCCGGGGUACGAAGAUAUUGAGCCGAUGCAGAGAACCUGUUCUGUUGCUGGUGCUCUGCCAGGCCGGGAUUUCAUAGACGGUGAUUUCUUUAUGGGGACUGUUUAUAAGUACCACUACUCGCAUCUAUGGAGGAACUAUGGCAUCCUCAUCGCUUUCAUCAUCUUCUUUACCUUUACGUAUCUCUUUGCGGCGGAGUACUUCUCGUCCGAAGCAUCCAAGGGUGAGGUUCUCGUAUUUCGCAAAGUCAAGAAAUCUCGGCAUCCAGAGACCUCCGACGAAGAAGCCGUCAAGUCCGAAUUCCAGCCUGCGCAAGUAGUGAAUGAUGGCACGAAUCACGUUCCGACUGAGAAGCCACCGAGCUCCUCUACAUUCUGCUGGAGAAAUGUGUGCUAUGAUGUUAAAGUGAAGGGCGAAACACGCCGCAUUCUCUCAGACGUUAAUGGUUGGGUUCAGCCCGGGAAGUUGACGGCUUUGAUGGGUGCCACCGGAGCCGGAAAGACCACGCUUCUCGACGUUUUAGCCGAUCGCGUUACUAUGGGUGUCAUCACGGGCGACAUACUUGUCAAUGGACUACCGCGUGGCAAGUCAUUCCAGAGAACCACCGGAUACGUACAGCAGCAGGACAUUCACCUCGAGACAUCUACUGUGAGAGAGGCGCUUCGAUUCAGCGCAGCUCUCCGGCAACCGUCUUCUGUUUGCAUGCAAGACAAGAUAGACUACGUUGAAGAGGUGAUCAGCCUGUUGGAGAUGGGCCCAUAUGCAGAUGCUGUCAUAGGAGUUUCGGGUAAAGGUCUAAACGUAGAGCAAAGGAAGCGCCUUUCCAUCGGUGUCGAACUAGUCGCCAAACCCGAAGCUCUUAUCUUUCUUGACGAACCAACCUCUGGGCUCGACAGUCAAACAGCAUGGGCAAUCGUGUCUCUCCUCAAGAAGCUCGCAAACCACGGUCUGGCUAUCCUGUGUACCAUUCACCAGCCAUCCGGCAUCAUCUUUCAGCAAUUUGACCGACUUUUACUUCUGGCGAAAGGUGGCAGGACUGUUUACUUUGGCGAUAUUGGUGAGAAUGCCACUGCCUUGACGGGAUACUUUGAGAGACAUGAUGCUGUUCAGUGCCGGCCGGAAGAAAAUCCUGCUGAGUGGAUGCUCCACGUUAUCGGUGCUGCACCGGGUGCUCAUACGGAUCGUGACUGGAUCGAGACCUGGAAGGCGAGUUCUGAGUUCCACGGUGUUCAGAAGGAGCUUGACAGCCUGGCCCAGUCGAGACACGUCACUAGCGAAGCAGACACACAGGAUACCUCUUACGCUGCUUCGGUUUCACAGCAGUUCCUGGCUUGCACUCAGCGCGUUGCCCAGCAAUACUGGCGAACACCAACCUACAUCUACUCCAAGCUCUCCCUUUGUUUCAUCACGAGUCUCUUCAUCGGCCUCUCUUUCCAAAACUCCCCACUAUCCCUCCAGGGUCUCCAGAACCAACUCUUCUCGAUCUUCAUGCUCCUCGUGAUCUUUGCAUUCCUAAUCUACCAAACAAUGCCAGGCUUCGUUACCCAACGAACACUCUACGAAGGUCGCGAAAGAUCUUCAAAGACAUAUGCUUGGUACAAUCUCAUUCUCGCCAACACAGUCAUCGAAAUGGCUUGGAACUCUGUGGCAUCUUUGGCGAUCUACUUCCCGUUCUACUUCCUCGUUGGUAUGUAUGAUAAUGGUCGCAUCACGGAUACGCAGCAUGAGCGAGGGGCAUUCAUGUUUCUCUUAACGUGGGCUUUUAUGGUGUAUGAGGGGACGUUUGCGCAUAUUGUCCUCGUACCAUACUCGAGCCUCCCUGGAUUCUGGACCUUCAUGUAUCGCGUCUCUCCCUUGACAUACCUCAUCGGUGCCAUGAUCUCAAAUGGCGUUGGCAAGCAAGAGUUGACAUGCUCAGAGAUCGAGUUUCUACAAUUCCAGACGCCAGAAAAUCUCACUUGCGACGAGUAUGUUGGCCAAUUUGUGCAAGCGGUCGGAGGCGCUCUGUCCAACCCAGGGUCGAACCAGACGUGCCUUUACUGUCCGAUUGCUUCGACUGAUACAUACCUUACAACUAUGAGUAUUCGCUACAGUGAGAGAUGGAGAAACUUUGGUCUGCUGUGGGCCUUUAUUGUGUUCGAUGUCAUUGCAGCGUUUUCCUCCGAGUUCCUCGCAACGACCACUGAGCCUGAAGGUGCGCUGGGGCAGCCGACCAGCGGCAACGUCGUCGUCAGUGGUGACGCAGAAGCAGUCGAUAGCCAUGACGGUGCUGUAUUCGGCAUAUACUGGUUCUGUGUUAGACUUUAUCAGAUGAGUCUAGUGUAUUAG